AUGUCACCUGACGAUGCCAUAGAAGAUAUCAUAGGCCGUUUCGGAAAGUACCAAACAUGGAUUUGGUUUUUAAUAACAGUCGGUAGAGCCCCUACCGAUUAUCAACUAACUAAUGUUGUGUUCGUAAUACCAAGCGUCCAAUAUGUCUGUAUGGAUGAAAAUGCUACUAACUUAACUAAUUAUUGUCCUUGUGAAAAUCCAAUGUAUGAUCAAACUUUUACUGUGAAUUCUGUGACGACUACAUGGAACCUGAUCUGUGAAAAGAGCUAUUAUGCAAGUUUGGCGCAAUCAAUGAUGCAAAUUGGUAUUCUGGCAGGAAGUUUAUUCUACGGUCAUGUAUCAGACAGGUACGGUCGCCGACUUGCUUGUUCACUGGCGCUUUUCUCAGAGGUUCUUUUUGCAGGAUUAUCUGCUGCAGCUUUUAAAUUGUGGAUGUUUAUUACACUACGAUUUUUUAUCGGCACAGCGGUUGGAGGUACCAUGCUGUGCUGCUUCGUAAUUCUCGUAGAGCUCAGUGGAAAAUCAUUUAGGCCAUACAUAACAUCCCUUAAUGAAGUAUCUUAUAUUAUUGCAUAUUUCACACUACCUAUAAUAGCAUACUUUUUACGAACCUGGAGACAACUACAAAUGGCGACAUCGAUACCAUGGAUAUUCGUAAUAUUUUAUUAUAGAUUAAUACCUGAAUCGCCUAGAUGGCUUAUAACAAGAGGUAAAACAGAGGAAGCUAUCGAAGUUUUAACAAAAAUUGCGCGAAGAAACGGGCGACCAACUGAUAAUAUACGAGAUAUUGUAGGAAAAAUACAUGCAGAAGCCAUUACUCACUGUGGGCCAGAGCAAGGGUCUUAUUUAAGCCUGUUUAAAACACCAAAAAUAAGAUUAUACACAUUAGUAUUAGCUCUCGUAUGGUUGUGCUGUGCACACACAUUUUUUGGGAUUAAUCAGUAUAUUGGUCGACUGCAGGGCAACCUUUAUCUAAAUAUAAUGCUUUCGGCGGCUAGUCUGGUACCUGGACUAUUUCUUAUCGUAGUUGGUUGUGUGUAUCUUAAAAGGAGGGUAACCAUCGUUACUAGUUUUGUCUUAGCAGGAGUAGCUCUACUAGUAUUCAUAUUAAUACCAAGCAGUAUGAAAUAUCUAGAGUUAGCAUUUGCCAUAAUUGGACAAAUAGGUGCUUAUACAGCUUUUUGUCAAAUAUUUCUGUACUCUACUGAAAUAUUUCCAACUGUGAUCAGAAACUCUGCGAUGGGAUUCACUUCAGUAUUUGCUAGGUUUGGAGGGUUUAUUGCACCUUUCGUUGUCAAUAUUGGAGUUGAAUGGAUAUCUUUAGUGAUAUUCAGCUCGUUAGCUCUUAUGGCUGCUUCUUUAUUUUUUUUCUUACCUGAAACUAAAGACGUAGUACUCCUAAAUACAAUCCAACAAACGGAAAAAUCAAAACCCAAGAAUUGAAUUUUUUUUAUGAGUUUAGUAGAUUUUUAGUUGAACAAGAUAUUAUAGGAUAGUAUACC